CCGAUCCCUUUUUCGAUGCACCGCAGACACCAACAGCGCUGGCGCGACUGUCAAGCAUCCACCACCAACAGCAGCAGCAGCAGCAGCAGCAGCAGCAGCAGGCUCAACAGCGGCUCGGCAGUGGCGGUACUGGUAGUGGGGAUGUCGUCUCCGGCCCUCGUUCCACUGGUAGGGAGGAUAAAAGCGUCGUAGGGAGGGUGAAGCACCCGGCAUCGGCGACGACGACGACGACAACAACGACGACGGAGACGUCGACGACGACGACGAUACUCGCGGAUGGUAGCACAGGAGGUGGAGGAGGGGUAGGCGGCGGCGGCGGCGGUGGUGGUGGUGGUAGUAGUGGUGGCAGUGACAGUGCUAGUGGUGGCAGCGGAACUCCUGGUGGGGACCGUAACGGCGGCGGUGGUAGUGGAGGUGGUUGUGCCGGUGGUGGUGGUGAAGUCGCGGAGAAGGAGGAGAGGCCACCGGCUUCAGAGACUGUCGAGCCGACGGCCGCGUUUGACGUCGCAUCUCUCGUGCUCUACGGCUCGCGCGCACUGCCGAUACGCCUUAAGAUCUUGCUCGAUCAGUUGUUCAACCAGUUGCCCCCCGCGCAAGUGACACGUAUCCUAGCUGCCUUCGGUUGGACCCACGAGGAUUAUACGCGAGGAUACAUACUGCAGGACUCGCAAAACGGCCCGGUGCUGGACCGAUGGAGUAUCUGCUCGGCUGAGGAGGAGCCGCUGGUUCUACAGCAGUUCCUCAGGUUCGCCGAGACGCGUCCGUUUGUGCAGCAGCUGCUGCUGGCCGCCGGAACGCCGGGUACGGAUGCUAUGUCACCGAGCAGACGACCUUCGCCGCCGACGAUGCCACUAGCACAUUUGCCGCCCCCGUUGCAUAUGCUACAUUGCGGGCUACCGCCACCGGGUUCCCGGUUGCCGCCCCCGCUACCACCGCCCCCGCACCCACCGCCGUCGUCGAUUUCGCAUUCCUCGAUGUCGCCCACGGCACAGAAGCACUAUUCGUCAUCGAAUCCAAUCGGCUGUAUCACCAGUAGAGCGAAUUCACCCCCGCGUUCCCUGGAUUCGCACCUAACGGUAUCGCCGUUGAAUCGACUGCAGAGCAUGCAACCGUUCGACUUCCGGAAACUGGGCACUCUCGGGCUGCCGGCGUUUCCGCCGUUGCCGCCGCCGCCACCGUCCGCGGAGCAGCUUCUGCAGAAUCGGAAGUCCAUGAGGAAUCAACAGAGCCCUCACAGCCCGCCUCAUCAUUCGUCCGUGGCGUCGCAACUGCAGAGGCCACACAUGCCAGUCGCGCCGGUCUCCUCGUCGACGUUGACCUUUGGCCAUCCGCUCUCGGUCGCCGUCUCCUCUGGCGCGCUACCGCCGAGCUUUCCGACGCACUUCCCGCCACCACCGAUGGGCAAAUCUCCCGGCGGAAUCGGUGCCGGGUUAACUAUACCCGCGGAUGUGCACAGCGGCGGCGAGAAGAGCAGUGAUUUCGGUUCGGAAGAGGACGACGACGAUGAGGAGAAUUCGGAUAGUGCGCUGAACUUGAGCAGACGAGACUCCGCUUUGUCGAAGCACGCAAUUUCUUCCGAGCAACGGCAUCUGUCGUUAUCCCUUCCGGGUACGCCGUUGGGUAGGCCAUCCGGUAUACCUGGCAGAAAGCCACACUCGCCGGGCAAACGGCCAGGCAGUCAGUGGAGCGCCGCCGCGAAUUUACCGCCAAACCUCGGUACGCCUUUCAUCAAUCCCACCACCGGCAAGAAACGCGUGCAAUGCAACGUCUGCCUUAAGACUUUCUGCGAUAAGGGCGCAUUGAAGAUCCACUUUAGCGCAGUACAUCUGCGAGAGAUGCACCAAUGCACUGUCAAAGGUUGCAGCAUGAUGUUCAGCUCGCGCAGAUCGCGCAACCGACAUAGCGCCAAUCCAAAUCCGAAGCUCCACUCGCCGCAUCUACGUCGCAAGAUCUCGCCGCAUGACGGCCGCUCUUCUAUGGCGCACGCCCUGGUGUUGCCGCCGCAGGUCGGGCUUCCCGUACCGGCCACUGGACUGAAUCAUCUGCCGUUCGGCACGUUCCCGUUGCUCACGCCGCCGCCGGAUCUCCGCUCACCGGCCUCGUUAUGCGCGCUGGACUUUAAACACCUGGAUUUGUCGUCUACGCAGGGCCAGGGCAGACCGUACGAUGAGGCGCUACAGCAGCAGAGAAUGUCGGUGAACGCGAGUCUGUCGACUACCACCACGGCCUCGACGACAAUACCGAUGGCGAUGUCGAGCGCCGCGCUUACCACGACCACGACAUCGGCGCGGGGUUCGUAUCCUAGUGGCGGCGCAGUCUCGCCGUCCACUCAGGCGUCGUCCAUGAUACCGGAAGGCGAAGAGGAUGACGAUGACGAUGACGGCGGUAUCGUCGUGGUCGCGGAAGAUGAAACCAGCAAUCUGCCGUCCAGAUUGCAGCCGCUCCGCGCCGACGACGACGAGCAGCCGGCUGAUUUUAGUCUGGCGAAGCGACCAAAACUCUAUUUCGGAGACACUGCCGAUGAGGAUCUCGCCAGCAAUCCGGACAGCAAUGAGGACAACGACUCGAUGGGCACGGUCGAUCAGCAAUCUUUCUCCGUGAACCAACACUUGCUCAACUCGAGUUCCUUCCAUAGCCGGGGCGUGCGCAAGAGGAAGUCCCAGCAUCCUACGAGAUGUGCCGUGCCGGUAGAAGUGCACUCCUCGUCCACGGAUGGUGACUCUUCCAACGACGAGGAGCAACGCAUUCAACGGCGUUGUCUGUCGGACAACGUUGUUGCGCCAGCACCGAUGACGGAGUUUCAGAAUCAACCAGAAGACAUGUCGAUGUCCAGGCUUGAAGCGGAAGAACGGAAAAUACUUCCCGGCUCACCGAGAAAUCUCAGAGGCGGUUUUCAUGAACCAGACUCGCGCUCUCCGGAUGCCGCCAAUAGAGAGCGCGAGACGACAGUGUCCGUCAAUAAUCGGCGCGACACUCUCUCUUCCCACGACAACGCGGAGGAUCUACUUCAGGACGAGCCACGAGACUUGAGCUCGAGAGCGAGCAGCAUCAAAUCGCCUAAACGACAGAUCACUCCGGAACCAAAGAUCGAUAAUGCACCGUCGUCAAACACAACGCCGAGCGGGGCGAUGACAACAACAACAACUUCAGCAGCUGCGGUGAAGAGUUCUGACGCCACGUUGUCUGAACAGAAAGAUCGACAGCAUAGCGCGGAGAGCAACGAAACGAAGGCAAAAGAGGAGGCAAUCGCGAAGAAAGAAUCUGCCGAGACAUCCGCGCAGGAGGAGAAGAAAGCAGUGAACGAGGUGGAGCACCAAGAGGACGAGGAAGACGACGACGAUGAGCCCAUGGAGGAGGUCGAGGAAGAUGAUGAGUUGGAGGAGGAGGAUGCGGACGACGCGCUGCGCAAUCAAGAAGGUGAGCGUCCCGAUGAUCCCCCCCGUGCCCCGAGCUCGGUCGACAGCCGUCCGACGACAGCCGACGACCUCUCCCACGACUCCUCGAUCAACACUUUGCGUCAACUCGAGUCCUUGUCGCAGGGUCGAUGCGCGAUGCCGUACGCCGAGACGCAGCGGGUGGCUUCGAGGUCUGGCCGCGGCUCUACCAGCCCUAUCAGCCUCACGAUCCACCAGGAGAUCACCAUGGACAACUCCUCACAUGGCUCUCGUUCAUCCAGCGCCUCACCCUCCACAGCGGCCAUGGAUACGGACAAUAGCCUGAUCACGUACGCGCGUUACGAGAAUGGCGGCUUUGUCAGCACCCAGGAGGUGCCACUCGACCGUGAGAACCCGCGCCGUUGCACGGCUUGCGGCAAAGUCUUUCAGAAUCACUUUGGGGUCAAGACCCAUUAUCAAAACGUUCACCUCAAACUGAUGCACCGCUGCAGCGUAGACGGUUGUAACGCGGCCUUCCCCUCGAAACGAUCUCGCGAUCGCCAUUCGGCGAAUCUCAACCUGCACCGGAAACUGUUGUCGACCUCGUCGAGUCCACCGCUCUCGUCCAGCUUGCCGCCGAGUCUAUCACCGCGCAUCGACGAUCCGCAGAUGAACCCGUUGCUGCAUAAUGAGUUUCUGGCGAGACUCUACGCCGACGCCAGCAUAGGCGCCUUGGGUGCAUAUCCCUUAGCACCUAGUUUGCCGUCCGCGGUCGAUCUGGCGGCUAGAAUACCACCACCGCAUCCGCUGUUGCUGCCACCGCAUCUUGGUGCCACCUUUCCGGGCCUUUCUUCGUUCGCAUCUCAUCUGGCCGGUCUGAACGGCCUCACUCAUCAGCACCUGAACCAUCUAACGAGACUGACCCAGGAACAGGGCAACAGGCAUAUGUCUGCCUCGCCCAUGUCCUCGCCAGGCUUAGACGAUCGUAAAGAGGAGGCUAGGUGCACCAUACCCGGUUGCGAGCGUGUUUUUGGCUCCAGGGCCGUGCGGGACGCGCAUUCCAGGGAUCCCCAGGCCCACCGCGAUUUGCCGAUCCUAUCCACCAGCAGCGGCUCGUGACCGAUCUCGUUCUGCGGUCGCGGACAAGAUUAUUAUUCCCUACUGUGAUGCCAAAAUCCUAACGACGAUUCGAUCCAAUCGAUCGAUCGAUCACCGAUGAUCUCGUUUCUAUGUAGGGUCGGCAGACAAUGCGGUCCUCAUGAACGUUGCCCUUAUUUAAAACGUUCAACGGACAUGCAUAAUAACGUGCAAUAUCGAGCGGAGUGCGUACGGGAUGAUCGACCAUCACGUGGCUGAUACAAAAUAGUCCCCGUUAAUCAAGGUCGUCGAAGAUCUGCGUAUGGAGCCAGUUUCGAUGUGGUAAUAUCUGCCUGCCAGUUCUUUCCAUUUCUCAGAUUCAUUCAGGAUAUUUGUUGGGCUGAUCUAGUCAAUCUGGAAAUUUUAUUUCAUGCAUUAUCAGAGAUGAUAAGGUAGAAGUCGCGCGUUGAAUCACUGGUCUAUCUCGCUUCAUUAAUUGACAAUAUUGUGCAAAAUACUUUAAUAUUUUGACAAUAUCAAAUUUUGCAUUGAAUAAUAAUAUGAUGCAUAAUACAUGAUUAUAUUUAAAGCUUCUCUGACACUCUAAAUAAAAUUGGAUGAUUUUAAUUUGAGAGAGCACAGAAUUUGAAGCUGUGUAAAUAUUCUACCUAUAAUCAUCAAAGGGGAGUUUGAUAUUUAUUUAUAGAAUGAAAUUUUUAUUUAUAUUUUAUAUAUACUCUAUAUAG